ACACGCCCUCCUUUUCCUAGAGGAAGUCCGAAUAUAAUUUUUAUAAAAGACUCUUGAGUUUUCAUUUGGUGUCACUCCCAAGUCACAGCUUACCAGUACUUAUCACGCACGUGAUCAUGGAGGGACUCUCAUUAGCUUCCAAUAUCAUAGCGGUGCUCACGCUCGCCGGCAAACUCCUUACCACAGGAUACCAAUAUGGCUCCAGCUCCGCUCAAUCCCCACCCGAACUCCGACGCCUGGUACGAGAAGUCACGACACUCAGUGGCGUCCUGCACGCUGUAAACAGGCUAGUCGGCGACCCUGUUGCCAGUCCGAGAACCGAUAAUGGGAGUUCUGGAAAUCUCAUAAGAAAUAUGGCCGAGCCCGUCGAGCAGUGCCGGAAGUUGAUGGAGGGGAUGUUGAGGGAUUUACAGAAGUACGAUGCGUCGAGUAGGAGGCGGGGCGCCUGGAGGCUUUGCUGGCCAUUGAAGGAGAAGACGACGAAAGAGUGGUGUGAGCGACUGGAGAGGUAUAAGUCGUCGUUUGAGGUUGCUUUGUCCGUGGAUGAGGUGUCGUUAGCAUGGGAGAUUCGAAACGAUGUAGAGGAUAUUAAGGCAAUUCAACUCUUAAAUAAGCAGGACGAGAAGCAGGCUGUCUAUAGUAGAGAAAGAUAUCAAGCGCGAAUUCUUUGGGCGCCGUGGAGUCCAUCUCUAGGAUAUGUCUUUUUGCCCACCGCUCUCUAUACUUUCGGAUGACAUUGCCCUCUACUAAUACCUCUAGGUGCUACGCAAGAGAGGAUCCAAAAUUGGCUUUCCCCAGCAGACCCAAAAUCUAAUCAUUUGGCUGCGAGAAAGCUGUGCCAGUAUGGCACUGGGCGCUGGUUCACUGAAGGGAAGGAGUUUCAAGACUGGCUGGGGCGGGGCAAAUCGUUUCUCUGGUUGCAUGGGA